UUACAGGUUGAUUCUCCUUCCACAAAAGAUAAAUUACUGGUGUUCUUCAAAAUAAAACCUGAUGUCAUUACAGCAGACAAUUUGGCAGAUGUAUUUGUCUCAUCUAUGAUUGACUCACCAAUAUCUUCACUUUAUCAUUCUCUUCAGACCCUCUAUGCUCCAAUAUUACUAAAGGAUUCAGAAUGGAGUGGGACUUUGGACCCCAGGCUGCAGUCCCUAGUGACGGAACUCUCGGAAGGACUUGGGAGCAUGUUACGCAAACAGUCUUCGGAAGGUGCUUCAGAUAAGGGGGCCUCUUCAUCACAUUUAGCAGGAAUUCUGAAUGUUAAGGACGAAACCCAAUACUGGGCUGACGUUGCAAACAACCCUAAGAAUCGAGAUGAAAAGGAAAUGGCUCAGGGCUUUUACAACUGUCUUGAUCCUAUUGCAAAAGAAUUCAGUGGGUUGGAUGCUGUGUCUCUCCUAGAUGCAGAAGAUAUUUUGGAAAAUACCCAUAACUUGUUGGAUGAGUUGUGGAGGCUGGACUAUCCGCAGUCUCGUAUGGAGCACCUUUUGGAUAUCAUAGCGAAUCAGAUUACGCGUUAUGUCCAGGGAAAAUUAAGUGAAGAAGAUCUGUGGGGUGGACAGUUCACACAGAUUGAGAAGAACCUGUCUGAAGGCAUUACUCUGUGUGAUCGAUGGGUGGACAGCUGCAGCAAACUUACUGGCAUAUUUUGGAAGAGUGGUGUGGACCAGAUGUGGGAAAAUGAUGCAUUUGUUCCAGAAUACUGCAAGAAUGUUUCAAAACGCCUGAAUGAGAUUCUGAGUCUCCGGACUCUGCACAAACAAUUGACCAGACUUUUGUCCAUUAGUGAACAGGAGGAACUGAAAACAGCUGAUUCAUUCAAGCCAUUUGCUGGGCUGAAACCUGUUCAGUAUAACCCUUACACAGAACCCUUAUGGCAAGCAGCAGUACGCCAGUUUGAGAAUUCCCUCAAGCCAGCUGAGCAGAGGAUUGCUGGUAAAUUGAGAGCUCAGCUUAGAAACAUGAACUCAAGUGCCUAUCAACUAAUGCAAGAAUUCAAGAGGUACAAAGAGUUGAUCAAGCGUGAAAGCAUACAGCAGGAACUUCUUUCUGAGAGAGAAAUGUUGCUCAGUGAACUCAGCAGUUACAUCCGCACAAUUAGUUCUGAUUUCAGUAGCACGGCUGUCAAUGGACCAAGACGUUUAGCAAAUGUGCCUGAGGUUGUUAGCAACAUUUAUUGGGUCAAACCUAUUCAUGCAAAAGUGGUGGACAUUGGAAAGACAGCUGAUGCACUGCUAAGUGAUCUUAAUGGUUACGAUGACCUGAAGCGAAACAUUGGAGAAUUCUGUGAGGAACUUGAUGACUAUCACAAUGACCAGUUCGAUUCUUGGUCUCGGGAAAUGCUGCAGAGGAUUGAGUCAGAGGAGCUCAGUAUCAACUUCCACAACACAAUAGGUGACCAGAUGAUCCCGUCUCAGCGAGCAAUGAUGCUGGAAGCUGCCUUGGCAUUGUCUGGGCUGGUACAGGAGCAAAAUAACAUCACUUGGUCAAACACAGAGGAAUUAGAUUCAUACAUUGGCAGACUCAAAGCUGCGACACAGAGGCUGGCUCGUGAGAACAAGCAGCUGGCACAGUGUCACCUCAUGGUGAAGGAACGGGUACUUCAGCUGAUGAACACUGACCUUUUGAGGCACCAGCCUAAGUGGAAGGAGCUCUUGAAGGAGAUGAGGUCAAUCAUGCACCAGCUGGAUGAGAAGGGCUUCUCCGACCAGAAAUCUUGGUGUUCACACUGGGACCGCCAACUGUACAAGGCUCUGGAGCAUCAGUACCAACUGGGUAUUGAAGCCCUUAAUCAGCACCUUCCAGAGUUCAAGGUGGAAUUGACAUAUAGGCAGCAGAGGCUGCAGUUCCGCCCUCCCAUGGAAGAAAUACGUAUGAAGUAUUAUGGGCAGUUGAAACGGUUCCUUGCAAUUCCCUAUCACUUUAAGGGAGUGAGUGAAGUGAAUGACCAUCCCGUUUUCCCCAUCAUUGUCGACCGAAAUGCCCACCGCUUCACACAGCUGUUUCAGAGGGCAGAGGAGCUCUUUGAAAGACUAGAAAAGGUCAAGGAACGCUUUGUUGACCUGUGCGCCCUUGGGUCAUGUGACAUUGAGCAGCUGGUAGGAAAGCAUUGUACAGUUGCAGAAGACUGGGACAGGAACUUCCGAGCCUCAAAGGCCAAGGGCCAAGAAAUAGGCAAACUGCCAAGCACGGAAGAAAAGAUUGAUUGCUUCAGCAUCAGCUUCCAGCCAUUACGUGUUGAGUUGGAGAUUAUGAACCGCCGCUAUUGGGACAUACUGGUGCAGAGUCUACAUAAUGCUAUUAUUGAGGACAUCAAUGCCAUUGAGAAAUUUACUGAAAGUGCAAUAGAAGUCCUUAAAAGGCAGCCACAAACAGUAGAAGAGAUUGCAGAGGCCAGCAACAAGCACGCACAGUAUAUGGCAGAGACAGAGGAGAUGGUCGAACGUUUUAAUGAGGCUGAGCGUAAGAACAAGACCCUGGCCAGCUGGACAAAAGAGAGAGUGGAUCAGGUGUCUCGUGUCACAAUGCAGUGGGAUAACUACAAAACACUUAUGGAUAACCAUGAACAGAUUGUUUCAAAGCAGAUUGAAGCUAUCAAAGCCAAUCUUCAAAGCCAAACCAACAAUUUCAAUAAUGAGGUUGAGGACUUUGGUCUGAGGUGGAAGCAGCUUCAGCCGAAGGAGGACCAACUGGAGGGCGAUUCAGAGCGCAUACAGGCAGCCAUCACACUUGUACGUGAGAAACGAUUCGAAUGGGAUCAGCUGAUGGAAACACGUGAUAGUAUCAGAAAAGACUAUGAGCACUUUGGGAUGGGAGAACCUUACUUCCCCAUGAUUGACGAGAUUGAAGAAAGCUUGAAACAGCAUGAGCAAGUGUGGGGUCUGUUUGAUGAGUUUAACAGCAGCAUGGAGGAGUUUUCUAAGGAAGAAUGGAUUGUGUUCCGGAGCAAAACUUACCGUUUUGAGGAGUUUUUGGCCAAUUGGAAUGACAAACUUCGUUCAUCAGGUGAAACCACAGUUGUAACUGUCCGGCUCAUCCAUGAACUGGAAAAAUAUAGAGCAAUGUUACCAGUGUUAAAGUAUGUCCGUGGAGAAGUGUUUUCUGAGAAGCACUGGAUAGAGAUGUAUAGUAUUCUUGGCAUACCAACCAAUGUCACCAUCGAUAAACUCACUUUUGGACAUUUCUUGAAGGUCCGUGAUGAGAUGAUCAACCAGAAUGAUGUUCUAAAAGAGAUGAAUGCUAAAGCGGCAGGUGAGGUUGUGAUCCGGCAAGCCCUUGGAGAACUGGAUGUGUGGGAGGUGGAUGCACGGCUCACCCUCAUCCCCCACUCGGACUCCCGCAGCAAUGAGAUCAUGCUUAUCAAGGAAUGGAAGGAUGUUAUUAACAAGGUUGGUGACCAUCAGAGCCUUCUGCAGUCUCUGAAAGACUCGCCCUACUUUGGGGGAUUUGCAGAUCGGGCUCGCAUGUGGGAGCAACGCCUAGCUGACCUUGAUGAAUACCUGACUAAUUUGAAUCAGAUUCAGAGAAAAUGGGUGUACUUAGAGCCCAUCUUUGGAAGAGGUGCACUACCCAAUGAACAAGGGAGAUUUCGUAGAGUUGAUGAUGACUUCAAAGCAAUCAUGGCAGAUGUUGCAAGAGAUAAUAAGGUGGUGUCACUCUGCAAAAUCAAUGGCAUUCGAAACACUCUUACGACACUUCUUGACCAGCUGGCUAGAUGCCAAAAGAGCCUUAAUGAAUACCUGGAAGAAAAGAGAUCAGCCUUCCCUCGCUUCUACUUUAUUGGUGACGAUGAUCUGCUGGAGAUCUUGGGUCAGGCCACGAAUCCUGAAGUCAUUCAGGCCCAUUUGAAGAAACUAUUUGCUGGAAUCCACAAUGUAAGAUUUGAUGAAGAGAACUCUCACAUCAUAGCCAUGAGAAGCUUAGAAGGAGAAGAUGUUCCACUCAAAAGGCCUGUUCAAAUAUCUACAGAGGUUGAGGACUGGUUAUUCCGUUUAAGUGAGGAGAUGAAGAUGACACUCCGUCAGUUGCUGAGUGAAUGUCUCGAAGAAGCGCGCAGUGAGGCAGGAAUGGACCCUCUCAAGUAUCCAUCUCAGAUCCUGUGCUUAGCAGAUGCCAUCCUCUUUACUGAGCGCUGUGAAGAGUCUAUCAGGGAGGGCAGUCUGACAAGCUACCAGAAGGAACUUGAGGCAAAAUUGGAAUCAUACACAGGGGUUGACCUAAGCUCAGAUGGCACCCCUGAGGGCAAAGUGGACAGCCUUGUUUUAGAACUGAAGUUGAAAGCAUUGAUUCUGGACACAAUUCACAACAUUGAUGUUGUUCAGAUCCUACUGCAAGCCAACACAACAUCCUUGUCAGAAUGGCCCUGGCAGAAACAGCUCCGAUUCUAUUUAGGCGAUGGUGGUUCAGCUCUCAUGCGGAUGGUUGAUGCACAGUUUGAUUAUACAUAUGAGUAUCAAGGCAAUGCUCCAAAGUUGGUCCACACUCCAUUGACUGAUAAAUGCUACUUAACGUUAACACAGGGCAUGCACAUGGGACUUGGUGGUAAUCCUUAUGGUCCAGCUGGAACAGGCAAGACAGAAUCGGUGAAAGCGCUUGGGAACCUAUUUGGACGGCAGGUUCUCGUUUUCAACUGUGACGAGGGCAUCGACGUGAAGAGCAUGGGCCGUAUAUUUGUUGGUUUGGUAAAGUGCGGUGCCUGGGGCUGCUUUGAUGAGUUUAAUAGAUUGGAGGAGGCAGUGUUAUCAGCUGUUUCCAUGCAGAUCCAGACCAUUCAGGCAGCUUUGAAGUCACAAGCCUCCUCGACCAUGUUGCUAGAGAAAGAGGUUCCUGUUGAUCCAAACUCAGGGAUCUUUAUCACACUCAACCCAGCCGGCAAGGGCUAUGGUGGCCGACAAAAGCUGCCAGACAACUUGAAGCAGCUGUUCCGGCCUGUUGCAAUGUCCCGUCCUGACAAUGAACUGAUUGCAGAGGUCAUCCUGUUUUCUGAGGGUUUCAAGGAAGCCAAGAGCCUAGGGCGUAAACUGGUGGCCAUUUUCACACUGUCUAAAGAGCUCCUGACACCACAGCAGCACUAUGAUUGGGGUCUGCGAGCCUUGAAAACAGUGCUGAAGGGCUCAGGAAACCUUCUACAAUUAUACAGAAAAACCUUGUCAGAUGAAGAAAAGGCAUCUGGGAUCAGCUUAACAAUUGAAUCAGAACUUGUGGUGCAAGCUCUGAGGCUGAACACACUGUCAAAACUAACCUUCUCAGACAGUUCAAGAUUUGAUGACUUGGUGAAAGACGUGUUCCCUGAUGUGAAAUUCAGGGGGGUAGGGUAUGAAGACCUAGCUAGUGUUCUCCAAGAAGUCUUUACUGAAAUGGGUCUCAUACCAAAUGACAGGCAAAUAAAGAAGGCACUAGAGCUUUAUGAACAGCUUCAGCAGCGUAUGGGAGUGGUAAUUGUAGGUCCUUCUGGAUCAGGAAAAACAACAUUAUGGCAAACUCUGCGUCAGGCUCUACUCAGGAUGGAACAACAGGUGAAGAAAUAUGUCAUGAACCCUAAGGCCAUGCCCAGACAGCAGCUUCUCGGGCAUAUUGAUCAUGACACGAGAGAAUGGUCAGAUGGUGUCUUGACAGCUUCUGCACGUCAAGUGGUGAAGGAACCCACAGAAGUUACUUCCUGGAUCAUUUGUGAUGGAGACAUUGAUCCUGAGUGGAUUGAAUCACUCAAUUCUGUGUUGGAUGACAAUCGACUGCUAACUAUGCCAUCUGGUGAGAGAAUUCAGUUUGGACCUAAUGUAAAUUUCCUCUUUGAAACCCAUGAUCUUUCAUCUGCAUCGCCAGCUACAAUCUCGCGAAUGGGAAUGAUAUUCUUAAGUGAUGAAGAUACCAACAUCCAGGCAGUUGUUAGUGCAUGGCUUUCCUCACAAGAAGAAAGCACUAGGAAGUAUCUUGAACCUUAUAUUGAAGAACACUUUUUCAAGGCACUUGAGUGGGUGCUGCGUGCAGGAGAAACCCAAGUGGAAACUACAUUAGUUGGAUGGGUCUUGAAUGGCCUCUCCCAUCUGCCUGGGGUAACAAGUAAAGUACACUUUGCCCUGGCACUGGUAAGAGGUCUAGGUGGCAAUCUCCCUGAAAACAUUAGGGCAGAUUUUGCACGAGAGGUCUACUCAUGGGUUGGUGAACAUAUUCCUGACCAACGAAAACCUUUGAAUAUUUACUAUGAUUCUGCCCGAGACCGUCUAGAAACUUACUCAUCAGAAUCCGCAGAUAAUAUUGGAGCUGAUACAGAUGAAAUGCCCCUGAUAUUGACAUCAGAUGCAUUGUGCUCUUUGGAUUACUUCAGUCCAUGGCUUGAGAUGGAGACACAACAGCCGUUCAUCUUGGUUGGGCCUGAAGGAUGUGGAAAAAGUCUGCUGCUUCAUCACUGCUUCUCAAAACUAAGGAGCACACAAGCAACAAUGAUCCAUUGCAGUGCAUAUACUGCUCCUCAACAUAUCCUACAGAAACUUUCUCAGAUGUGCAUGGUGAUAUCCACCAACACAGGGCGUGUAUACCGUCCAAAGGAUUGUGAGAGGUUGAUUGUAUAUUUGAAGGACCUGAACCUCCCCAAGCCAGAUAAAUGGGGCACAUGCCAGUUGAUUACAUUUUUACAGCAGGUUGUGACAUACAAUGGAUUUUAUGACCAAAACUUGGAAUGGGUUGGGCUGGAAGGAGUGCAAAUUGUAGCAUCCAUGACAAGUGGGUCAGCAUUAGGACGGCAUAAACUCUCGACUCGCUUCACAUCCAUAGUUAGGAUUGCAUCCAUUGGGUACCCUGAACGUGACCAGCUAGUGAACGUGUAUGCAGCAUACUUGCGGUCAGUGCUCACUGUGGUGGCUCCAGAGCAUAAGGUCUGGGGAGCACAGACCAAGCAACAGCAGCUAGCCACAUCCAUGGUCAAUGUUUAUCAUCACUUGCGUGAUGCCUUCAGCGUAGAUGACUACAGCCAUUAUCUUUUUACACCUCGGGACCUAACACGAUGGGUCCUUGGACUGUUGAGAUACCAGAUAGAUGCAGAAGAUGCAGCACUUCAGCCUUUGCUUGAAGUCUGGUUAUAUGAGGCUUGCAGAAUGUUCCGUGAUAAGCUUGCAGAUGAUGAGGAUAUUCAGAAAUUUGACGCACUGAUAUUAUCAACAUUACAUUCAGACUGGGGUGUUGAUCUUAGGGAACACAUUACUGAUUCAUACUACGUGACUUCAGGCGCUGGUGUUGUUGCUCCAGGUGCUCCUCUGCCUAUCCAUGGCUACAAGUUGGGCUUCAUGAACAGUGAGGAUUGGACACAUGUGGUUGAGCGAGCUGUGUUGCAGUUCAGCCGGGAGAAGCAAGAAUUAGAUCUGCUCAUUUUCCCUGAGGUCCUGGAAGCAAUGGCACGAGUGGAUCGUGUAUUGACAUCGCCUGGAGGAUCACUUCUCAUGGCUGGCAGGUCUGGGGUUGGGCGUAGAACAGCAGUAUCAGUCAUUGCAUUCCUCCAUGGCAUCAAAGUUGUUUCUCCAGCCAUGACAUUAGGAUAUGACAUUAAAAAUUUCAAGACUGAUCUAAAGCAGGUGAUGCAGACAGCUGGUGUAGAUGGUGAGCAAGUUCUUCUCCUUCUGGAAGAUCAUAAUUUAGUGUCAUCAGCCUUUUUGGAAGUCAUCAAUUCACUCCUGAUGGCUGGGGAGAUUCCUGGUCUCUACACGUCAGAAGAAUUGGAUCCUCUCCUCAUGCCACUGAGAGAUGAAGCAGCACAUGAAGGAUUUAGAGGAUCUCAGUAUGCCUACUUUGCAUCCAGAGUGAGGAAGAACCUACAUAUUGCUUUGAUUAUGGACUCCAGCAACCAGGACUUUACCCGGCAGUGUGAGAGUAAUCCGGCUCUGUACAAGCAGUGUGCUGUUUUAUGGAUGGAGGGAUGGUCAAGGGAAACUAUGGUACAGAUCCCCAGCAUGUUGCUCAAAGAGAGUGAGUUGGAUUCAAAAGACUCUGUAGAAUUCCAGCAGACCUUCCUUGCCAUUCAUGAAAGCCUUCCUGUCCACCUCUCAACACCUCGAAGGUAUCUAGUCCUACUCAACACAUACCGUGCCAUUUACAACACCAAGAAGGAAGGGGUCCUUCACCGACAGGGCCACUUGAAGGCUGGUGUGGCCAAACUAAAUGAAGCUCAAGAGGUUGUGAGUAAGCUGAAGGCUGAAGCAACAGAGCAGGAAGUUAGGCUCGCUGAGAAGCAGGAGGAAGCCAACCGCGCCCUCCAGCUGAUCACAAACACCAUGAAGAAUGCCAAUGACCAGAAAGUCCAGAUGGAGAGCCUGAAGGAGCAGACACUCAAAGAAAACCAGAUCAUUGCUGAAAGGAAAAAGGCCAUUGAUGUGGAACUGGCUGAGAUUGAGCCUUUAGUAAGAGAGGCAAAGGAAGCUGUUGGAAACAUUAAAUCAGAGGCUUUGACUGAGAUAAGGUCCUUGAGAGCCCCUCCUGAAGUGAUCAGGGACAUUUUGGAGGGUGUUCUGCGGCUUAUGGGAAUCCAGGACACGUCAUGGAACUCUAUGAAGACCUUCCUGGCCAAGAGGGGCAUCAAAGAGGAGAUAAGAAACUAUGAUCCACGAAGCGUUGCCCCAGAAUCACGAAAGGCGGUUGAAAAGCUCCUCCGAGAACGUGCAGAUUCAUUUGAUCCAGUUGUUGCCAAGAGAGCUUCUACAGCAGCUGUGCCCUUGACGGCUUGGGUGAAAGCCAAUGUCAAGUUUUCAUACGUACUUGAGAAGGUCAAGCCCUUGGAACAAGAGCAGAAUAAAUUGCAGAGAAACCUGACUAGGGCAGAGGAACAGAUAGGGGAACUGUCAGCCGGCUUGGACGAAGUUGACAAGGAGGUGGCCAUCUUACGUGAAAAGCUGAAUCGCUCAACGAAAGAGGCAGUGGAAGUUGAGUUCCACUUGAAUAAGGCCAAGGAAACCAUGUCAGCUGCUGAGAGUCUCGUCACCAAGCUUGAAGGGGAAUAUAAGCGAUGGAGUCAGCAAGUGUCGGAGUUAGAUUCAGAUGUGCAGGAACUUCCAAGGGAGGCUGUACUCGCAGCUGCAUUCAUUACAUACCUCAGCGAAGCCCCAGAAGAUACGCGCAAGGCAACUCUCAUGCACUGGAGUAAAAUGAUGCAUGUUGAAGACUUUGAUCUGAGAAAGUUUGCCAGCACAGAACGUGAACAGCUGCAGUGGAAAUCGGAGGGCUUGCCUUCAGACCAGCUCUCCAUUGAGAAUGCCCUUGUGAUUCUCCAGUAUUCAGCUGUUUAUGGAGAAUGUGGUGAAUGUGGACCAACUUUGGAAUGUUUAGUAGAAGCUGUUGAGGAUGAAGUACCAAGGGAUAUAGUUCUUUUGCAUGGCUGGUUAAAUUACAAGCCGGACAAGGCGGGUUAUAAUGGGAGCUGUAGAGUUCUCAUGUCGAAGUUCCCAAAAGCUGUUGUAUACCAGGAAUCUAUAGGACAUCAGUACUUACAUUCUGAUCCUAGAUUAGAGUCCUCUUUUAGAGUCAGAACUUUUCACUGUAUCUUUGUACCUACAGUAGGCCCUCGCUUCGUCAUUGAACUUGGAGACAAGACUUUAGACUUCAACGAGAACUUCCGCCUGUUCUUGGCCACACGAAUCCCCAACCCUGAAUUGCCACCAAAUGUUAUGUCGAUCCUUACAACAGUCAACUUCACAACAACAAGAGCAGGCUUGACAGGACAGCUUCUUGCAGCCACACUCCAGGUUGAGAAACCAGAAUUGGAAGUGCGUCGAACUGAACUUCUACGGCAAGAGGAAGACCUGAAGGUGCAACUAGUGAACUUGGAAGACCAUCUGCUCACAACUCUGGCUGAGUCACAAGGCAAUAUCCUAGAGAAUAAGGUGCUGAUAGCCUCCUUGGAAAAGUCAAAAUCCAGCGCAGCAACAAUUGAGACCUCACUAGAAGAAUCAGUGUCUUUGCAAGAAUCUCUGGAAAAUGAAAGGAAAGCCUACCUUACUCUGGCUCAGUCUGCAGCCAACUUGUACUUUGUCAUUUCUGAUCUCUCCAAGCUUAACAACAUGUAUCAGUUCAGUCUCAAUUCCUUCAUAGCCUUGUUCCACAAAGCACUCCAAACACCACAGGAUGGAAGUGCCACAGAGAACCGCAUUAAGGUGCUCCAGAGAGCCCUGAUAGAUCUCGUUUACAGCUACAUCAGUCGGUCGCUCUUCAAGGCAGAUCGGCUGAUGUUCGGCCUCCACCUUGUACACGGGAUGUAUCCUAACCAAUUCCAGAAAAAUGAGUGGCAAGCAUUUACAGGGCAGCUGGUCACUGAUGUAAAGGCCGAUGCUACAGAGCUGAAGGAAGCUCUGCCUAACUGGAUUGACGAGGAGAGAGCUUUUGCUGUGGCCCUGUUGAAGCAAACUUUCCCUGCCCUGUACGACAUGCUGAAUCUGGAUGACAUGUCCAUGUGGUCAGGUUUCUCCAAUUCCAGCCACUGUGAGCUCGACUUCCCUGUCCAGCUCAACCAGAAGCUGUCUUCAUUCCAACAGAUGCUCGUUAUUCAAGCCAUCAGGCCAGACCGUCUACAAUCUUCAAUGGUCAAUUUUGUGACAAGAGCUUUGGGAAUGAAGGAGCUGUCUCCACCAGCACUAAAUUUGCGACGUCUCUUGUCAGAGACGGUGGCUACAGAGCCAAUACUUAUCAUCAUAUCUGCUGGUGCUGACCCAUCUCAGGAGCUCUUGGACCUUGUGAAAAGUACAGUGGGAUCUAAUGCCUAUCAUGAGGUAGCAAUGGGUCAAGGGCAGAGCGAAAUAGCUGUCAGACUUCUCCAUGAAUGUGCAAAAGCUGGACAUUGGCUGUGUUUGAAGAACCUGCAUUUGGUGACUGCUUGGCUGCCAACACUUGAAAAAGAGCUGAACAACCUUCAGCCACAUGACAACUUCCGCCUCUGGCUGACAGCAGAACCCCACCUCAAGUUCACACCUAUCCUGCUGCAGACAAGCUUGAAAGUUACCUAUGAAGCCCCUGCAGGGAUCAAGAAGAACCUCCAGCGUACAUAUGACUCAUGGAACCCAGAACUGAUUGCACGUGACAAUAACGUGAAUCGAGCACAGACACUCUUUGUGCUGGCUUGGUUCCAUGCCAUUGUUCAGGAACGCAGAACUUACAUACCCCAAGGAUGGUCCAAGUUCUAUGAGUUUUCAUAUGCAGAUCUGAAGGCUGGAGUUGAUAUCAUUGAUAGGCUAUAUAAGCAAGCAGGAACUGGUGACAUCAAGUGGAAUUUCAUCUAUGGACUAUAUGAGAAUGCAAUCUACGGUGGCCGCAUAGACAACAUUUGGGACAUUCGAGUGUUGAAUGCUUAUCUUCGCAUCUUCUUCAACAAUGAUGUGGUGGGAGGCCGGAAGCCAUCAGCUGACCAACUUGCCAAGAGUCUUGCUCUUCCCACAACUGUUAAUUAUCAGGAUUACACGAGCCUCAUUAGAAAUCUGUCAGAUGAGGACGAUCCAAGUUACUUUGGCCUCCCAGCGAACAUUGAGAGAUCAUGGCAGCGCAUUGUUAGUUCACAAGUCAUUUCUCAGCUAAAAGUUCUCAUGAGAUCUCCUGAACUAGCUGGGAGGUUUGACCGUGAGAAAUGGCACACACAGCUGUCACCUGUACUAAACUUGUGGAAAAAGUUAAACCAGGGUGGGAACCUAAUACAAGCCAAGGUAGCGACACCAAGUUCCACAGCUGAGUCGCCAGUCAAGUCCUUUAUCCAGCUGGAGUACUAUUCAGUCAUCUCCAUCGUGCAGACUGUUCAUCGCUCACUGGCACAGCUCUCAAAAGUCAUUCGAGGAACACUUCUACUCACCAGUGAUGUUCAAAAACUUGCAGAUUCACUCCUCAGCCAAGAGACUCCAUCCAGCUGGCUGUCAUUAUGGGAAGGCCCAGAGGAUCCGUUAGAGUACUUGCGCAGUCUCGUUAGACGGGCAAACGGAAUUGGGAAGUGGGUAGCCAGAAGCGAUCAAGGAAAUCUUCUCAAAGAGCCUUUAGACCUGUCAGAUCUCCUUCACUCAGCCACUUUUCUGAAUGCUCUCAGGCAACAAACUGCAAGGGAAUACAGCACCUCAAUGGACAGCUUGGUUUUUGUUACGUCCUGGUCUCGUGGUGGAAUACCUGAUGCAAAGUUGACAAUGAAAUGGUCAGGGCUGCAGAUGGAAGGUGCAACAUUUGACGGAUCUCGCCUACAACAUAAUGCUCAUGAUUCAACAAGUAUCUCUGUUGCUCCUCUCUGUGUUGUGGCUUGGGUGCCCAAGGAACUGCAGAACAGACUCUAUCAUGAUGAACUACUCUCUGUGCCAGUCUACUCCUCGUCCAACAGAGAGCAGGUGGUGGCAAGUGUGACCAUACCUUGUCCAGCUCCGCACUAUGAGUGGCAUCAAGCAGGUUUAGCUCUUUUCCUUUCCACUUAGGAAAAAGUGUCAAAUGUUAUGAAGCAGUGAGUAUAUAAGAAUAUAAAGCAAAAUCUAACAAUUUCCACACAACACAGUCAGUAAUCUUGUUUGUUGAAUGUUGGUGCUAUUUCUGAGUUGCUGUGCAAAAUCACAUUCAGAUAUAUUUAAUGAAUUGCUUUGAAUAAAAGCACACUUUUAAACUAAGCA